AUGGCUUAUGAUAGACCACUUGCAAAUAAACCAAAGCCAUACAAAAUAAAUGUAUUGCUUGAAUUGACUGCUUCUGGAUGGAAACUAAUCAGAGAAGAAGGUGAAAAAUUUGAUAGCUCAAAUAAUCAAAAUCAACAACAGCAAGUGAAUCAAGCUUUAAAUAAAAACAAUCCAGAAUCAACGGAUAAUAACAAUGAUAAUGAUAAUGAUAAAAAGGACAUAGAAAUGGCUCGAAAUAAAAUAAAAAUGGAAAAAUUGGCAGCAAUAGCAAAUAAAUUGCUUGAGAAUACAAAUAAGCAACAACAAGAUGACGAUCAUGGAGGCAUCAGAAAAAUAAAGAUUCUUCUUUUAAAUAAUAAUGGAAAUUUAGAGCAAAUUGGAACCAUUGGUAAUGGUGGUAGGAGUAACAGUGAGAAUUUAAAGGAAGGUGAUGAUGGAAAAAAAGAAUCAUCAGAUUUUGAUUUGGAAAAUUUAUUAAAUAAUUUGGGAAUUUUUAAUACAAAACAUGAAAAAGUGUUAUUUGAAGAACAGAAUAACCAAAAGGGUCAUCAAGCAAAAUUAAGUAAGAUCUAUGAAACAAGAUUUGACUCUGAUGUUGUGGAUGAUACAAGGAUUGAUGCGGACAAUGAAGAAAAGAAAUAA